AUGAAAUUCAUAUUCUUCCUUGUUAUUGAUAUUUUGGAAGUUUCUAAUAUUUUUUGUGAACGUGAGUUUUUCAAUUCAAACUGGAAAUCAAAUCAGCUCACUAUAGUAAUUUGUAAGUGUUUUUUUCAAAAUCUUCUUUGUACUUUAUUUCCAAAAAAAAAUUAUUUCGAACGCUUCGGCUUGUUUUAUUAAAUUAUUUUCAUGAACAAAAAAUAAUUGAAUUAGAUAUAAAACAAAGCAUAACAUUAAUUUCAGAGAAUCCAAUUGUUCCAGUUUAUAAACCACGCGAAAACCAUGAAAAAUAUGUGAAUUCGACAAACAUUUAUUCUCGUGGUGAUAGUGAUGAAUUUAUAAAAUAUAUAUUGUAUUCACAUAAAUCAGAUUUGACAUCUUCUGAAUGGAUUGACAACAGAAAGAAGGGACAAUAUCGUUGGAGAAGUUCAUCAAAUUUAACCAGUAAGGACUGA